CCCCUGUUUCUCUGCUUCAUUUUUUUUUUUUUGUGGCUGCAUGUUGUAGAUUUCUUGUGCUUCCAUUAAUCUAAAUCUUUGUUUUGUCUCUUUCUUUUUUUCUAUAGAAAGCCUUAAGAGAUGGUCGAUCCUUAUCCGACGAAUAGAGUACAGCCAUACUACGACCUAUGGUACACUUUUCAUAACGGCUUUUUGGAAUUCAACGCUUGGUUAGUGAAGAGGGCACUCAAGAAACAACAAGAUCUAGUUUUGUUCAAGGCCUUCAAAAGGAGUGACAUUAGUGCAGCAUGGUUGCCUUCGCCACGCAACAUAACGCGGGCAAGGCUUGAAAGGCGAGAUUUGCUGCCGGUGCCAAUUCAUUUUGCUUUCUCGUCCGGUAAGAUGGAAGAUUGGUCUGGUUGGGCUAAAGAGAUGCUUUUCGAGAACGGCUUUGUGGAGAUAUUGCGUGCUGUUGGGAUUCUUAAGUCGGUAACUGUGAGCCAGACUUUGCAAAUUAGUGGUAAUGUAGAGUGCCUCUAUCGUUUGGUGAGGAGGUGGUGCACGAGUACCCAUACAUUUAUCCUUGCUUUUGGGGAGGUUAUUGUGACUCUAGAGGAUGUGGCAAAUCUGAUGUUGCUGCCUAUUGUUGGGGAAGAGGAUCCACGACCAAUAGUGUUGACGUCAGAGGAGCGUGCCACACUAAUAGCCUUGAAGAAAGUGAUGAGGAGGAAUGCCAGCGCCUCUUCUCGCUCAUGGAGGGGAGAGUACAACAUUGACUUUUUGACUUGGAUGGGGUACUUUCAAACGGGCGAAGGUAAAGAUAGCCCAUAUGAACGUGCAGCCUUCUUCAUGGCUUGGUUGAGUAAGUUUGUUUUUGGGGGUUUCCUGAACCAUGAGAUUAUGGCUAAGUGUAUCCCUUUGGCAAUUCAAAUGGCUGAAGGUGUGAAGCUCCCUUUAGCCCCGUUGAUGCUAGGUACGCUUUAUCACAUGCUUGGUUUGCUCCACUUUGAUGAGAUUCUCAAUGCCAGCUAUUACAUUAUUGAGUCACAUGUAUGUUUGUCUUUGCUGCAAAUGUUUGCAUGGGAGAGGUUUUACCCUUAUCAUUCUAGCCAUGUUACUACUGGAAAGGCUUUGAAGGAAUAUCCCAUGGCAAAGUGUGGUUACACCAGUGGAACAUCUCAGUUAGCUUGUUCUUAGAUAAGAAAUAGGAAGAUAAAGG